ACACGCACUCCAUGGUAACGACGCUCGGUUCAAAGAUGGCGGCUGAGUGGGGCGAAGGAGCGGGUUAUCCUUGUUCAGGCCCGGGCCCAAGCGGGUGGCGCUGGAGCGGUUCCUUGUGGGUCCGAGGCGUUUUACUCCUGUUGGGCGGACUCCGGGCAAGCGCCACACCUUUUCCUGUCUCCUUGGGCAGCUCCCCUCCCUGCCGGCACCAUGUCCCCUCCGACGCUGAGGUCAUAAAUAAGGUUCAUCUUAAGGCAAAUCAUGUUGCCAAAAGAGAUAUUGAUGAGCAUUUAAGAAUCAAGACUGUCUAUGAUAAAAGUAUUGAAGAGUUGCUCCCUGAGAAAAGAUACCUUGUAAAGAACAAACUUUUCCCACAAGCUAUUUCUUAUUUAGAGAAGACUUUUCAGGUUCGAAGACCUGCUGGCACUAUCUUACUUAGCAGACAAUGUGCAACAAACCAAUACCUUCGGGAGGAAAAUGAUCCUCAUAGAUACUGUACUGGGGAAUGUGCAGAGCAUACAAAAUGUGGCCCAAUUAUAGUACCUGAGGAGCAUCUCCAGCAAUGCAGGGUCUGCCAUGGGGGUAAGGGACCAUGUGGAGCAGUGGGUGUACCAGACCAGGAGGGCAUCCGGGAUGCAGACUUUGUUCUUUAUGUUGGCGCUCUGGCCACCGAGAGGUGUGGCCAUGAAAAUAUCAUCUCUUAUGCAGCUCAUUGUCAGCAAGAAGCAAAAAUGGACAGGCCUAUAGCAGGAUAUGCUAACCUGUGUCCAAAUAUGAUCUCUACCCAGCAUCAGGAGUUUAUUGGGAUGCUGUCCACAGUGAAACAUGAGAUUAUUCAUGCCCUGGGUUUCUCUGCUGGAUUGUUUGCAUUCUACCGUGAUAAAGAUGGAAAUCCUCUAACAUCAAGAUUUGCAGAUGGUCUCCCACCUUUUAAUUAUAGUCUUGGAUUAUAUCAGUGGAGUGAUAAGGUUGUUCAGAAAGUGGAGAGACUAUGGGAUGUUCGGAAUGAUAAGAUAGUUCAUCAUGCUGUGUAUCUCCUAGUAACACCUCGUGUUGUCGAUGAAGCGCGAAAACAUUUUAACUGUCCAGUUCUGGAAGGAAUGGAACUUGAAAAUCAAGGUGGUAUGGGCACUGAGCUCAACCAUUGGGAAAAACGAUUAUUGGAGAAUGAAGCAAUGACUGGCUCUCACACCCAGAACCGAGUCCUCUCUCGUAUCACUCUGGCAUUAAUGGAGGACACUGGCUGGUAUAAAGCUAAUUACAGCAUGGCUGAGAAGUUAGACUGGGGCCGAGGAAUGGGCUGUGACUUUGUCAGGAAGAGCUGUAAAUUCUGGAUUGAUCAGCAGAGACAAAAGAGGCAAAUGCUGAGCCCUUACUGUGACACGCUCAGAAGUAAUCCAUUGCAGCUAACUUGCAGACAGGACCAGAGAGCAGUUGCAGUGUGUAAUUUGCAGAAGUUCCCGAAACCUUUACCACAAGAGUACCAGUACUUUGAUGAACUCAGUGGAAUACCUGCCGAAGAUUUGCCUUAUUAUGGUGGUUCAGUAGAAAUUGCUGACUACUGCCCUUUUAGUCAGGAAUUCAGUUGGCAUUUAAGUGGUGAAUAUCAGCGCAGCUCAGAUUGUAGAAUAUUGGAAAAUCAACCAGACCUUUUUAAAAACUAUGGUGCUGAAAAGUAUGGUCCUCACUCCGUCUGUCUAAUUCAGAAAUCAGCAUUUGUCAUGGAAAAGUGUGAGAGAAAACUGAGUUAUCCAGAUUGGGGAAGUGGAUGUUAUCAGGUUUCUUGUUCUGCUCAAGGUCUGAAGGUUUGGGUCCAGGAUACUUCGUAUUUAUGUAGUCGGGCUGGGCAGGUCCUUCCUGUUAGUAUUCAGAUGAACGGCUGGAUUCAUGAUGGAAACCUGCUCUGUCCAUCAUGUUGGGACUUCUGUGAGCUCUGUCCUCCAGAGACAGAUCCUCCAGCUUUUAACCUGACCCGAGCUCUACCAAUGGAUCUCUGUUCCCGUUCCUCCAGCCUGGUGGUCACUCUUUGGCUUCUGCUAGCCAAUCUGUUUCCUCUGCUGGCUGGAUUUCUUCUGUGUGUGUGGCACUAGGAAUGGAAAAGUGAACUCACCAAGACAUUCUUUUGUGUCAAGUUCCUCUGAACAAAGCACAAAACCUGGGCAAGUACCAGUCGAUGCAGAUGGCAGAAGUGGCAUUCCUGACUUUGUCUUGAAGUGUUGACCACAGUCAGAACAUGAAGCAAAGCAUCACAGCAGUCACUUAUCAGCAGGCCUACAGUGUCAGAGGUUGGAGAAGUAGAAGGAAUUCCAAGAUUCCAAGUCUCUUAUUUUUCAGGAUACACAAUCUUCCUGAAGUUUUCCUUUGAAAAUGGGAUAAUUGGUGGAAUUUUCAAACUAAUUAUAUACCUCAGCAUUUUCAUUAACCUGAAAUGAUGGAGUAGUUGAUCAUCAAUACUACAGUAAUUUAAACAGCAGCUAAUUAUUGCAAGGUUAUAAGUUGUGGAUCCUGCCGUCCAAAGUACAAAUUGUCUUUUGUUUUACAGAAAAUAAUUGAAUUGAGAUUUCUACAUCACAUUAUAAUGAUUUUGAAUUUAAUGACUGUACAUGGUACAUGUAAAUCAUUGAUUCCAUUGUUCUAAAGAGUUUCUUAAAUUAUGUUUUGCUAAAUCUCAUGAUUUAAUCAUAUUUGCUUUUUUCAAACCACUGCGUGGCACUUUUACUACUGAGCCAUCGUUAGUAUGUUUUAUAGUCUUCCAGCUUUACCUGUAUUCAUUGAUGUUCAGCUUCCAGUUGUGGUCUCCAUUAGUUUAAUAAUGGCUUGAAAACAUUGAAGACAUGCAAACAGAAGAAAAUAUAAUUGUAUGUUUUUCAGGUAAUAGUUAUAACAACUAUAAUCAAACAAAAAACUAUUCCUUUUUGACCAGUGAAGAUAAAAAAAAUGUAUAAGAGGAAGAAUAUACACCAAAACAGGAUGGUCUGGAUUGUUUACUAAUAGCAAAGUGUAUGUUUGGUGUAAGGCCUAUCCAAUGGGGUGUACUUUACAGCUUAACAUGGCUUAGUCACAGAAGUUGGAAGACUGCCUUUCCUUUAAAUGUCCUUUACCUCCUGUAUUUGAUACUUCCUCCUGUUACUGCAUAGAUUCUGGUCCCCAGAAGCAAUUCUUUUCUGGUACCAGUGAUUACCAACCCCACCAGAAUUUGAAUUAUGAUUUCAAAUUCUUUAAUAGUGGAGAUGUCCAGUUUGUCUGUCUAAAGCUAAUGCUAUCCUGUAGCAUUAUACACACAAUGCUUUGGCAAGCAUUCAUUCAUUCAUUCAUUCAUUCUUUCAUUGGUUGGUGCUUCAGUUCAGUAUGUGGUAAUUGAGCACUCCAUUUAAGAAACUGUGAGUUAACAAGCAGCCUAAUUUCCUAAGGAGCAAUUCCAACUGACUAUUUGGCACUAAAGCCAAAUAGCAACCCCAACAUAUAGGAAAAUCACUUUUUUUUUAAAUGCAUAAGUUUAAAAAGACAUAUUCACAUGUAGUUUUCAGUUGGAGAUAUUUCUCAUUUUGAGAGGAUAGGGGUUUCUACCUUAGCCAAUUUCACUUAAAGAGAAGCUCAUAAUAGUGGUAUGCAGGCCAGCGCUCAGUUUUCUGCCCAUCCCAUGCAUACUUUAAAUUGAGCAAGGUCCUAGAAAAGCAUAGAGUAUAUUUUUAAAGAAACAUAAUUAAUCUAAACUUAUACAACUAAGGUGAUUAUAAAUUAUCCAGUAAAGUUGUAUCAAGAACUUCACCAAAAAUGCUAUGGAUUAUUAGUAUAUUUGAGAUUCACAGUGAUAGGUUCAAUUAUCUUUUGACUGUUGUGCAGUAAUGCCAUUUAGGUAAUAUUGUUUCCAAGCAUGGUGCUUUUUAUACUUGAAAGAUAUUUUUUGCUUUAUUUUUAUUGAUAUAAUUAUAUUUGCACUAAUGACUUUCUAUAGAAAAUAUUAUAGAUGACAUUUUUCCUAUAUAUAUUUAUUAAGCUUGGAAUCUAGUAUCCUAGUAUUUUUCUCUGCACAAAUAUGAAACUUGAUAAAAGUAUGAUGUCAAGAAUUCUUGAGCUCCUGAGGGUAACUAACCACAGUAAUGUCUUCCUUCCUCUUCAGAAAGGCUUAUAACCAAUUCUGCAUUGUAUAUUCAGUGAAGACUGAGAGAGCCUCCAAACCUCUAAGAAGAUACAGGAGACAAGGUCUGGUCUCUUAGAAUAUGAUAAUGAAACAAAGAUAAAGAACAUCUUUUAAAACCUGAGAUUUCAAUGCAGAAUUAGUGAACUAAAAUUCAGCUACAAACUGAAGAAUUCACAAUGGCCAGAAUGUUGUCCUGUGGCAGAGUACGUCCUUCAUAUUAGCAAAGACAAAGCCAGUUUAUUGUGAAAAGAGACUGAACAGGCUGUAGCUGUGGUGAAAGUGAGGUGGGGCAGGAAGAAGAGUGGAGAGCAGCUGAUUUAGGGACAAUAGGGUGGAGUCUCUCAUUUAAAAAGGGUCAUGUGUUUAUAAAAACUGACUACCUCAGUUUUCAGUUCAGACUUAGGGUCAUUUUGAUUGUGUUAAGGUCCCAGUUGUCAAAAUUAUCAAAUGAAAUUGUCCCUCAGCUUUUCAAGAACAGAAUUUACAGGAAGAAAGCAAAACCCAUGUCGAUAGACUUUAACUGACAGCUUUAAAGAAACUGGCAAGCACUUGGUAGUCUUAGUGUAGUUCCCUCCAAUAUUCUCCUGAGAAAACAUCCUCUCCCUCUUAAAAAUAAGUAUCCCUUAUAUUUUUCCUAUAGGAUAUGUAUUUUUGUUGAGACCAAAUAAACCUGCAAGUAUUAUAAGUUAUGCGUAAAAUUAGUUUUCAGCCUAAUAUGUUGGUAUAACAUUUAUUGAUAUUUGAAACAUAAAUUUAUGAGGCUUAAGUAGUUUUAGGAAGAUACAUAAAUAAGUGUAUCAGAUUAUUCCAUGGAAUUUUAUCAUUGUUACCUUCAAUAUUAGAAGAAAAACUGAAUAAGGCCUAAAAGGCUCAAGUUCCUUAUCUGUAAAAUGACUAGAUAAUUUCUCAGAAUCCUUCCAGCAUUAAAAUUCUUUGCCUCAUGCUCACCCAGAAUUGCCGGGUCAGUGCCGGCUCUGACCCACCUCCUGCAGCAUGCCAGCUUACCUGCCAUGUUCAUCACAGUGUCUUGUGCUUCAUGCCUUAGUGCCAUCCACGUCCUCAGACACUGAAUGGAGAGAGAAGAGCCUGUGUCUAAGGGCAGCUCAGGAGGCCUGGCAAGAGGAAGGGGACUUAGUCAUAGCCCCACAGCUCCUCUUCACAGUGGGCAGUAGUCAGUUCCACGUUCUUGAAGUUCAGGAGCACUACCGUAUUUUAACAAAGUCUUUGCUACUUAUUCUGAAGAAAGAUCUUACCUGAAAGGAAGGCUUUUUUUUUUCCUUUGGGUCCUUUGGGUCAGAGUUCGGGAGGGAAGGGCGAAUUAUUUUUUGUUUGUUUGUUUGUUUGUUUACAUUUAAAAAAAAAAAUAAAACAAGAUUUAAGGACUAACCUUUAUUUAUGGUAUUGAACUUUAAGUGUAAUAUAUUCCUUAGAAAAACACUACUUUAAUAAAAAUGGAAACUACUUUGUCUUGUCUUAACACUUAAAAAAUCUGGAUGGGGACAAGGUGUCCAUGUGUUCUAUUUUGGGAUGUUGAGUUUUUUUUAUUAUGAAACAUAAUUCAGAGUUUUUAUUUAAACUUGAGUAAAAUUGUCCUACUUAAAGAAUGCAGUAAGGGUUUAUGUAAGUCUGCAGAGCGUAGCCCUCCGCAGGAAAGAGAGCAGGCUAAAACAACUCAGGGUAAGGCAUCAAAUAUAUUGUGGCUGUAGCCAUGGAGUCAUGAUUCUUCCUCUUAACCUGAAUGUAAUAUGGGAGAAAGUACCAAGGGCACAUCCCUAUCAUUUGCACUUGAGGCCAUUCUGCCCUGGGACAGCAAGCCAAGCGUUUUGUGAAAUUGAUUGACCAUGCCUGUGUGACCUAAUUGUUGAACUGAGAUCUU